GUAGAGUUAAGUACUAUUUAUUGGAAACAUUGAAACACUUUUGUAAUACUCUAUUAAAUUACAUAACUGUUUGAAAAUAGCAUUCAAUUGAAAUCAAUUGAUUCAUUGAUUUGAAUAUCGAUUUAAUUAACAAACAAUUAUUGUAUUGAUUGUCAAUAAUGUCUACCAAUAGUGUCAUUGAUAUUACAAGUAGUGAACAAUUGAAUAAAAUAUUAGUCGGAUCGGAUGUAUUGGUCAUUCAUUUUAUGUCAGAUGGCGUCCAACAAUGUCUUCAAGUCAAUGAUGUCUUGAGUGAAAUGUCUAAAAGCAAAGAUUACAAGAAUGUUAUAUUUGGCAAAGUUUUGGCUACUGAUAUGUCGGACAUAUCGGUGAAGUUUAAUGUGUCAUCAGUGCCGACGUGUCUUUGCUUUGUCAAAGGCAAAGAAGUUUCGCGAAUUAAUGGCGCAGACGUCCAAAAGCUAAGCACUCAAAUCAAACAAUUAGCCGCUGAUUCAAAUGGUGAUAAUACGACCACUUCAGACAAUAUUGAAGAUCGACUCAAAGUGUUGGUCAAUAAGUCACCGGUUAUGGUGUUUAUGAAAGGAUCUCCUGAUGCUCCGCGAUGUGGAUUUAGUAGGACUUUGAUCUCAAUUCUCAAUGAAGUUAACAUCAAAUACAAUACAUUUGACAUAUUAAUGGAUGAAGAGGUUCGCCAAUCAUUGAAAGUGUACUCUAAUUGGCCGACAUAUCCACAGAUCUACGUCAAGGGACAGCUUAUUGGAGGUCUCGAUAUAAUUAAGGAAUUGAAAGAAUUGGGAGAAUUGGAACAAACACUUAAUGGAUAAUUUGUUUGUGCAGUAAAUGUUAUUUCUUUAAUAAUUAUUUAGUUAUUACAAUACAAUAGUUUUUUUACUAUUAUUAUAAAAUUUAUUUUACA